AUGUGGGACUGGCACUCAUUUUUCAUCAAAAUUGGCAUCCCAGCGGGAGUGUCGUCUCGAUACGCAGAGGUCUUUCGUCAAAACAGAGUUACGAAGGAUAUGCUUCCCGACCUUGAUAAGGCUACUCUUACUGACUUGGGUGUAACAGCAGUUGGUGAUCAGCUAGCUAUCUUACGGAGUGCGAAAGAUGCAUCACUGGACAUGGGAUCUCUCACACCUUCUAAGCUCCGAGUGCGCAUAAGCGGGCCUGGAUCUAGUAAGCUCUCAUUUGUAUGAUA